AUGUCAGACACAGAACAAGAACAAAUUCAACAGGAUGAUCACAAUCAGUUGCUCGACGUCGACUUGUCGACUCUGAGUACACCAGAGAAGAUGGAAUUGAUCACCAACAUUAUUGCAGACUCUUACAAUAUUAAUAUUGCACAGAAAUUAGAGCAAUUCCUCGACAUUCAGAUCAACGAGAACAUCUAUCACUUCCAAGCCAACUCUACUUUGCUCAAGCUCUAUCAAUUCAACCCUUCUGCACUCAACAAAGACUACAUCGCCAAGAUGUUGGCCAAGGCUUUGAUGAACUUGCCAUCAAAUGACUUUUUAUUCUUAUCAUAUAUGAUUCCUUUCUCAAUGCAAAAGGAAGAACCAUUAUUAAAGUUAUUCGUAUUGAACAAUUUGCUCGAGACAUGUAAAUUUAAGGAAGCAUGGGAACACAUUCAAAAUAAUCAAGCAUUCUUCUCUGUUAUUCCAAGCUUUGUCGAUAGUGUUAGAAAUUUCGUAUCAAAUGUUUUAUCAAUUACCUAUCAAACCAUUACCAUUACAAUGUUGGUAGAAUUGUUGAAUAUUCAACAAGGUGGAUUAGAUGAGUUUAUGUCAACAAAGCCAUCAUGGAAAUCAAAUGGUACUACUGUAUCUUUACAAAGCGAUAGCGUCAAGCAAAAGAAAUCAGAUAUCUUUACUUUCGAUCGUAUGUAUAUUCUAUCAUUUAAGAGUCACACAGUUUAUUCAUAUAUUAAUACAAUCACCUAUCAUUAUUGUUAUUCAUUUUAG